ACUUUCUUUGUGCUUCCCCAUUAACUGCACCACUCCGCAGCCCAGUCGGCUCUGGGCUGGGCGGGGAGCUGGCCAGGCAUGAUGGAAGACGAGGGGGCCCCCGGCGCUCGCUCGGGCUCGCUCGCUUGGUCCUUAAAUGACAGCAAAUGAGGUGUCUUAGCCUCCUCGUUGACCUUCCUGGAGCUGGGCUGAGGCUCCCCUCCCGAGUCCUGCCUCUACCUGGGACCAUCACUAUGAGAUCGCCCACCAGGAAGAAGCCAUGUCUGCUGCUGCUACUGACCGCUGUGGUCCUGGUCUCCUCUCCAGGGAGGAGUUCAGCCUGGGGAUCCCCAGCCACCUUUGGGCCUGUCUUUGAAGAACAGCCUGUUGGCCUGCUGUUCCCGGAGGAGUCCACAGAGGAGCAGGUGACACUGGCAUGCCGUGCCAGGGCCAGCCCUCCAGCCACCUAUAGAUGGAAGAUGAAUGGCACUGAGAUGAAGCUGGAACCCGGCUCUCGUCACCAGCUCAUGGGGGGCAACCUAGUCAUCAUGAGCCCCACCAAGGCACAGGAUGCUGGGGUCUACCAGUGCCUAGCCUCAAACCCAGUGGGCACUGUUGUCAGCAGGGAGGCCAUCCUUCGCUUCGGCUUUCUGCAGGAAUUCUCCAAGGAAGAACGAGAUCCCGUGAAAACCCAUGAAGGCUGGGGGGUGAUGCUUCCCUGUAACCCGCCUGCCCACUACCCGGGUUUGUCCUACCGCUGGCUCCUCAAUGAAUUCCCUAACUUCAUCCCAACGGAUGGGCGUCACUUCGUGUCGCAGACCACAGGGAACCUAUACAUUGCCCGGACUAAUGCCUCAGACCUGGGCAACUACUCCUGCCUGGCCACCAGCCACAUGGACUUCUCCACCAAGAGCGUCUUCAGCAAGUUUGCACAGCUCAAUCUGGCUGCCGAAGAUAACCGGCUAUUUGCACCCAGCAUCAAGGCCCGGUUCCCCCCAGAGACCUAUGCACUGGUGGGGCAGCAGGUCACACUGGAGUGUUUCGCCUUUGGGAACCCUGUCCCCAGGAUCAAGUGGCGCAAAGUGGACGGCUCCUUGUCCCCGCAGUGGGCCACUGCAGAGCCCACCCUGCAGAUCCCCAGCGUGAGCUUUGAGGACGAGGGCACCUACGAGUGUGAGGCGGAGAACUCCAAGGGCCGCGACACCGUCCAGGGCCGCAUCAUUGUGCAAGCCCAGCCCGAGUGGCUCAAGGUGAUCUCGGACACAGAAGCUGACAUUGGCUCCAACCUGCGCUGGAGCUGUGCGGCAGCAGGCAAGCCCCGACCCAUGGUGCGCUGGCUAAGGAACGGGGAGCCUCUGGCCUCCCAGAACCGGGUGGAGGUGUUGGCCGGGGACCUUCGGUUCUCCAAGCUGAGCCUGGACGACUCUGGAAUGUACCAGUGUGUGGCUGAGAAUAAGCAUGGCACCAUCUAUGCCAGCGCAGAGCUGGCUGUGCAAGCCCUGGCCCCUGACUUCAGGCAGAACCCUGUGAGGCGUCUGAUCCCUGCGGCCCGUGGGGGAGAGAUCACCAUCCCCUGCCAGCCUCGUGCAGCGCCCAAGGCCACCGUGCUCUGGAGCAAAGGCACUGAGAUUCUGGGCAACAGCAGCAGAGUGACUGUAACUCUAGAUGGCACCUUGAUAAUAAGAAACAUCAGCCGGUCUGACGAAGGCAAAUACACCUGCUUUGCUGAGAAUUUCAUGGGCAAAGCCAACAGUACUGGGGUCCUGUCUGUGCGUGAUGCAACCAAAAUCACUCUAGCUCCCUCAAGUGCUGACAUCAAUGUGGGUGACAACCUGACCCUUCAGUGCCAUGCCUCCCACGAUCCCACCAUGGACCUCACAUUCACUUGGACCCUGGAUGACUUCCCCAUUGACUUCGAUAAGCCUGGGGGUCACUACCGGAGGGUCAGUGUGAAGGAGACCGUUGGGGACCUGACCAUCCUGAACGCCCAGCUUCGCCAUGGAGGGAAGUACACAUGUAAGGCCCAGACGGUGGUGGACGGUGCAUCCAAGGAGGCCACGGUCCUGGUCCGAGGUCCGCCAGGGCCCCCUGGAGGUGUGGUGGUGAGAGAUAUCAGUGACACCACAGUCCAGCUCAGCUGGAGUCGUGGCUUUGACAACCACAGUCCCAUUGCCAAGUACACACUGCAAGCUCGCACUCUACCUGCGGGAAAGUGGAAGCACGUCCGGACCAAUCCCGUGAACAUCGAAGGCAACGCUGAGACUGCCCAGGUGCUGGGCCUCACGCCCUGGAUGGACUAUGAGUUCCGAGUCUCAGCCAGCAACAUCCUGGGCACCGGGGAGCCCAGUGGGCCAUCCAGCAGGAUCCGGACCAAAGAGGCAGCCCCCUCGGUGGCACCAUCAGGACUCAGUGGAGGAGGCGGAGCCCCUGGAGAGCUCAUCGUCAACUGGACUCCCAUGUCACGGGAGUACCAGAACGGAGAUGGCUUUGGCUACCUGCUCUCCUUCCGCAGGCAGGGCAGCACUGAGUGGCAGACCGCUCGGGUGCCUGGCGCCGAUGCCCAGUACUUCGUCUACAGCAAUGACAGCAUCCGUCCCUACACACCCUUUGAGGUCAAGAUCCGAAGCUACAAUCGCCGUGGGGAUGGGCCAGAGAGCCUCACCACGCUCGUGUUCUCUGCGGAGGAAGAACCCAGGGUGGCCCCUGCCAAGGUCUGGGCAAGGGGGAUCUCAUCUUCAGAGAUGAAUGUGAGCUGGGAGCCCGUGCAGCAGGACAUGAAUGGCAUCCUUCUGGGGUAUGAGAUCCGCUACUGGAAAGUCGGGGACAAAGCAGCGGCAGCUGACCGGGUGAGGACGGCAGGACUUGACACCAGUGCCCAGGUCACCGGCUUGCACCCCAACACCAAGUACCAUGUUACUGUGCGGGCCUACAACCGGGCUGGCACAGGGCCAGCCAGUCCUUCUGCCAAUGCAGUGACCAUGAAGGCCCCGCCACGGCGACCUCCUGGCAACAUCUCUUGGACAUUCUCGAGCUCCAGUCUCAGCAUUAAGUGGGACCCUGUGGUUUCUCUCCAAAACGAGUCUACAGUCACAGGCUACAAGAUGCUGUAUCAGAAUGACUUACACUCGACUCCCACGCUCCACCUUACCAGCAAGAACUGGGUAGAAAUCCCAGUGUCUGAAGACAUUGGCUACGCCCUGGUACAGAUUCGGACCACAGGGCCUGGAGGGGAUGGGAUCCCAGCAGAAGUCCACAUCGUGAGAAAUGGAGGCACAAGCAUGAUGGUGGAGAAUGCGGCUGUUUGCUCGGCCCAUCCCAGCCUUGUCCUCUCCUACUGCUCAGUGAUGCUCAUCCUCACAGGCUAUCUGGACCUCUGAUCUUGGCGCUGCCCGCCACACCCGAGCCGGACACCCGCCCUGAUGGACACAGUGGCUGGCCAUAGCCCAUUUCCAAUGUCAAGGAGGCCCAACACUGUGCCCAAGAGUGGUUGGUUUAACACCAACUCUAAAAAGUACCCUUUUUGUAGGAGGUAGGAUAUUUGAUGUUCUGCCACAGGAUAGAACAAUGCAAGGAAUUUUUUUUUCUUUAAAUUGAGAGGCGCUGGGCGGUGACUUCCGUGAUGACACCGAGCCCGAUGCCUGCACCCCUAGGGGUUCUGGAUGAAGGAACAGGCUGGUGGGCACUGUGGCAGUCCUAGGCUCAGAGGGAACACGGGCAGCAGUGGGCUGAAGACAGGACAUCAGCCUCCCCCCACUCAGCGGGGGACCCAGGACCAAGGCUUGUCCUCUCCUUGAGCAGCAGCAUGGCUGGACGUUGUCCGGUCCUCCGCGACUGACAGACCUGCCAGGUCGGGUGGCCAGGAGCCUAGGCCCCUGGGCCACCAGAAGUGGGGGCUCUGAAGGGUUGAGAGGCUGCCACCCCUACAAGAAAGGAUGACACUGCCCUCUCAGCCAACACUGCCAACCCGACACACCCCGGAGUGACAGAGCCACUUCAGGAGGCUGGGUGACUCAAAGGGCUUGUCUUGGGGAGAUGCCUUACCCUCCCCCAACCCCUCCAGAGUGUGGGCAGGAGCCAGCCAGCUGCAAGUCACUGCUCCCUCCAGCCCUGCUGUGGACCUGCGGCGCCUCGGCCUCCCACACCCUCAGGUCCUGGUACUGCAGUCAGUCAUUCCUUGUCCUGAGGGGGGAAAGGCCAGCAUCCGUGUGGCCCUGCCUGCUUCCAGAAAUAUCCUUAGUCACCUGGCCACAGCCGCUCCCUAGACUGCCUCAAACUGUGCUCUUGAUUUCCCCAGAACCAAAGGGGGUUAAUAAAGGGGACGGUCUGCCUUGAGCUUGGGGGUCCAUGACCAGUGACAGACCAGACUGCCAGAGCUGGACAAGGCCUUAGAGCCUGACUUGUCUACACCUGCUGUUCACAGAUGAGAAAAUGGAGGUCCCGAGAGGGCUAGGGACUUCCCAAAGCCGCAGAGCCUGUAAGCGGCAAGGCCGAGCCAAGCGCUGGAGUCUCCACCCACCCACCUGUUGUUCAAGGGGUCCAGGCUGGUGGUGAUCAUAAGAACCAGCAUGGCUGAGCUCAGCUGGAGGUGCAGGCAGAUUCUGGGAGUCAUCUGGGCUUCAUUGCUUUCUGAGCUUGGCUUCUGGUGGGAACUCGGCAUGCAGUACUGGCCAGAAACCUCCUAUCCCCUCCAAGAAAAGGAGCCGAAGCAAGGACAGCGACUCCCCGAGUCCAGGCGCCAGUGGCAGCACAAGCACGGAACCCCAAGGCCUAUGACCUUUGUACCGUGGGAGCUGCAGGACAGGCGCCUGGAAGGGCCCGUGCCCCACUGCUCCUGGAGCCUGUUUUCUGUAGUUUACAGUUGGAGCUCUAUUUUGUUAACGGUUUUUUAAACUCCUAAGUCCUGCUGUAUUUUCCUGGGCAGGUUUACGUUGAUGUUUACACUCAUACACUUUUUUAAAGAUGUAAGCUCACAUGCCUUCUCCCCUGCCAUCUCCACACCCACCGACCUAGCCUCCAGCAAAGGACUGCUUUCCUAGAGCUGAUCAAACCGUCCUUACCUGCUCCAGGCAUCCCACACACAAGGAUGCCAGGGGCUCGACCACGUGACCACUCUCCUUCACAGAGAUGCCCCCAAAGUUGGUCUAGCAUCCCUCCCUAUUCCCUAUUCCUGCUGGCUGAGGUUUGGCCUGUGCCCUGUCCGUCAUACAGGGACACGGAAAGAAACCUUCCAAGGUUUUUCUACUCCUUUCUCACUGCCUUGGGCUGCAACAGGGGUGGCAGGGAGAUGGCGAUCUAGUGGCUGAGCAGGGCGAGCUGGUUUGGCCUGGAACUAGCCAGGGAAGUGAGAGUCUACAGCCCCUAAGUUUGCCUGGCAAACAACUAAUUAUCUUACAUCUAUGGAGGUGCGUGACAGGAAGGCGAACUGCUAAGAGACCCAGGAGAGAAACCCCAGCCACUGUGCAGGCGUAACGUGUCUGGUGGUGGUGGGGUGCGGAGCUGUACUAGAGGUGGGUUCAGGUAGAGCACUGGUUAAGGUACAGGGAGACGGCAGGUGAAUGGGAGACACAUAAGCUUGUAAAUGGAGAAGCCUCCCGCAGGGAUGGCCUGGGCAUGAGUGCACUUGGGCAGACUAGAUACAAUUUCUUCCUGCACAAGCAUCGUCUGACUUUUGUUCAGGCUGGAGGCAGUUGGUGGACUGGCUCCUGCUAUGGUCACCCCUCGCACUGAGUCACAGAGGCUGGCAAUGGGGGAAUGCCACAAAUAAGCAGUUUGGCCACAUGUCAGUGGACAGGAAAUGCCCUGGGGACUAGGGACAGAGACAGCCUGCAAACACCUCUUGAGGGCCUGGAGAGGUGCCCUCCCUCCACACGCAAGGACUCAGCCACACUAGGCUGUUUGCUCCUUGACAUCUGACGGCACCUGCCUCCCAGGGGAGGGCAGCAGACUGUACUGUGCCAGGAGACAGGAUAGAGGCUCUUUUUAAUAAAGUAACAACAGGAAGGAAUGAAGCUGCCAUCAGAAAAAGCCUCUGAAAUGAGCAGGGGGCUUCUUCUGAGGGAUGUUUGAGGAAGGCUGGGUGCUGCUGCAGGGCUGAAGCUGGCUGAACCCCUGACCUGAAGCUACUGUAAGUCCUUCCAGAGCUGAGGUUCUUAGAGUCAAAGUGUCCCACACAGGCGAGUCCUACAGACCCAUCUCCUGCGGUUGCUGCAGCUUAGACAAAGCCAUCAAGGGGGAAGGCGCACCCCAGGAACUGUGCUUACAACCCAGUGCCUUCCCCAGUGGGAACUAUCCCAUGGUGGUUCCAGGAGCCACCCAGCCUAUACCCAGCUCAAUAGCCCAACAUGGUUUAGUGAUGUUUUACUUGACCCUCAACUGUUCCCCAGCAACAGAAACCCUGUUCUCUUCCUAGUGAGACUUGUCCACAGGGUCCUUGCCUGCCAGAGGGCCUUCUGGGAGAGGGUAAGAGGGAUCUUACGGGACUUCUGAAAGCUCAUAGGAAACAGUGCCUGGUAGCUGGAGGGCGCUUCUUGAACUCGUGUAUGUGGUCACAGGUUUUGGGAAAGCAGAGCAUUAAAGGAAAACUGGAAAGGAACAAAACAUCCUUGUCCAGAACUCUAGGCAACCUUAGAAGCCUAAGUCACUUAGUGUCCUUACCGGGGACUCAACUUGCCUUGGCUCAGAUGCCUCCAAUAUAAUGUCUACUUCAGGGCCUGCACAACUCCAAGCUCAAGGCUCUGCAAAUGUGAGGAUUUUAUUGGACCAUUGAUGAUAGUUCUGUUCAAAUACAGUGCCCUCCCCCUCCCCCUGGCCCACUGUUGUACUUGUGAUGGUAGUUAUUUACUGAUUUUGGUAGCAGGCAGCUCUUAAAUAAAGAUGGUUUCUCAACCUG